GCCGGAAGAAGACGCAUCAUCCUUCAGGCGACCAAAUAGUCGACUUGAUGAGAUACGAGCACGAGAGAUGGACGCGUUAUCCAGGCGGGCAAUGGCUACAAGCAGACUCGAUGAGAUACGACUUAAAAACUCUGAAGCGCGAGAGGAGUCGCCAGAAGCUGGACGAAGCUCUAACAAAGAAGAACUACGAGAUAGUCCACCAAAGCUUAAUAAGCUUAAUGGCGCACCUACGAAACCCCUGGAGGAUCAGUUGGAGUCGAAGAUGAAGGAUGAACAGGCCGUAAAUACCCCCGCCAUUGUUCUUCGAAGCACAAGUGAACAAAAGCUUAACGAGCCACCCAAAGAGAGGACGAAUGCUUCUAAGACUGAGGACAGUAGAAACCAAAGCCAGCUAUCACGAAAUGAUUCUCAAGACUUGCUUAGUCGUCUUGCGAGAGCAACCAGCGCAAGCCCCUCCUCCGAAAAGGUCGAACAAAGAGUCGUUUCAGAGGAGCCGAGGCCUCUGGAAAAGCCUGACAACAGAGAGAACAGUCGUUCGCGUUUAGCACGGGAGGAAAGGAGAUCUAGGAACCUAGAGGUUAAGAACCUGGAGGUUAAGAGCUCCAGAGAAAGACCGACGGUCGGAUUUGCUGGUUUACGACCAAGUUCAUCAAGUGAUUCUAUUCAAGAAAAGAGGAGCAGUUUACAUGGCUCGGAAGUGGAUCCUAUGGAUCGUAUCGAAGCCGAGUUGAGACUUUUCGCACCUCUUGACAAUUACUCCGAGAAGGGAUCCGUUCGAGCUCCAUCACCUGAUCCAUCAGAGCCAGCUGAGGAAGAGACGCCCCGAGUAACCAAAAUCGACCCCUUGACUCAACCAACUCCACGUGUAACCGGAGCAUAUGUCGAAACACCGGCUACUAUUCGUGUCAAACAAGAGAAUCAUCUAGAUGACAAAAAGGUGGCGGAUGCCCCUGACCGCAUCUCGGAUUCAAUUCCAGAGCUUCGCACCAAAGACUCUAGUCAGCCAUCAAACAGCGACAGCGUGAAGCAAGAAAACGAUGAUACCACGGCUCUUAGAAGAAGAACGUCUGUGCCACGAUCUUCGUCGGCCCCCUCUACUUCGCGUCGCACCAGAUCCGCUUCCAGGCGCCGUCAGCCUCUCCGCCCUGUAAUCAAUACAGCCAAACCUCCGACGGUAAAGGAUGACAUUCGUGCUAUUCUACGCAUGAAUCAAAUUGAUGACUCGACACUUGAAGACUUUGAUUCAAUUCUCGCCAACCAAGACAUUGAUGACGAAGAGCUGCAGAAAAUGGUAGAUGACACCAUAGACAAUAUCGACAUGGAUACUCAACUACCGGAUCUCUCAGAGCGGGAUCGUGAACUUCAGAUCUAUGAUAGGAUGAGCAAGUCGCUGAGAACGGGUCUUUUAGGCAUCCAAUCCGCGAAGAAGGGGAUUGAACGUUUGGAAGAUAGGGUUACGCACACCGAGCUUAAAGCAGAACAGGCCCGUACGGAUCAGAAUACAUCCAAGUCGAAGUCAGAAGUCCAUGCGUAUGCACCUGCCAGUUCAAAUAGCUCUGCUCCUGUUAUGCUCGCACUUCCUGCUCUAUACCGAAGAUCUCCUAAACUGAGGCCAACAAAGUUUGGAGUAUUAGCUCUUACUAUGUUCAUAUGGUACAUUCUGGAGUCCAUCUUCUGUUUUCUUUAUGUGGCUCAAUACGACUGUACACCGGAAAUACCAUGUGAUUGGUCACCAAACGAGCCGUAUUUCCCGUACGCGAUGCCAUUCAUGCUAGAUGAGUGGGCUACCGGGGGAAAGGGAAGAGCUCUGACGUGGAAGGCUGGGGAGGAGAUCGGAGAUAUUUAUGCUGAAGUUUCGGACUGGGUUACGAAGAGAGAUUUUACCCAGCUUGAUGAGAAGUUCAUGAACGUCUGGGAGCGCAAGAGACAUCGAAGACGAUUACGAAAGCACGGCCUAAUUCCAAAAUGGGUGGCGCCUCCAGACUACAAACCCAGAUUUCCACAAUGGAAUGCAGCACGCUUGGCUAUGGAAGCUACCGAAGAUGAAUAUGAUGGAGAGGAUGAGACGAUGGGCGCAGACGAGAGGCUUAUUUGAUGCGAUUUGCCAAUAAUCAUGCCAGGCCUUCAGACCCCACUCGCACAUACUUUUCAAAGGAACUGUCCUGUAUGCCAUUUUCAGUCAAUACUGGUUCUGCUCUUGGCUUCUCAUAAUGUAUAGGCUAUACAGGAUGCGAUUUUGCAUUUGCUGGAGGUGGAACAACUGGCGUUCUAUAGGCUUUGGCUUCACAAUUUCUCGGCAAAACGGCUUCAAAAGGCACGGAAUACUUUACGGUUGUACUAACUCACGACGUUUAUAUGUAGGCUAAGGCCACUAUUGAAAUGAAAAUCUGUUUGACAG